UAUUAAUUUCCUUAUCCGAACCCACCACCACCCAAGGCAGGAGAGAAGAGGAGAGGAAGAGGAAAUACGAGGAGACGAUGAUGCUAUCAAUGGCGGUUCAACCUAAUCCCAAUGCCGCUCUCAAGUCCUACACAUUCCCUAUGAGUAGUAAUAGGAAUCACAGACUCAUGUUCAAAGCCUCUAAUGCUUUGUCCUUAUAUUCCACUCGCUCCGCUUCCGCAAAUCUCAGACUCCGUGCUUCACCUGCUCCAGUUGUUGCUGUUGCUGUUUCUGAACAAUCUUCCGCUCCGCAGGAGUCUCUCUCCGCCUCUCCACUAGAUGUUGAGAAGCUAGGAGUUGUGGUGAAGCCAAUGGAGAAACCAAGGCUGGUGUUGAAGUUCAUAUGGAUGGAGAAGAACAUUGGUGUUGCCCUCGAUCAAGCAAUUCCGGGCCAUGGCACCAUUCCUCUGAGUCCCUACUACUUUUGGCCUAGAAAGGAUGCUUGGGAAGAGAUCAAGGUCUUACUGGAGAGCAAGCCUUGGAUAUCUCAGAAGCAGAUGAUUAUUCUUCUUAACCAAGCAACUGAUAUUAUCAAUUUGUGGCAGCAGAGUGGCGGCAACCUGGCUUGAGCAAUUAAUGUACGAAAUUUUGUGCUUUCUAAAUUUUGUUGUUUGUAAACUGUUAAAUUAAAGUUUCUUGGACUUCUUGUAUUGCUUUCCUUAAAAUUAAAUGAAAUAUGGUUUUUCUA